AUUCAGCCACCAGGGGGCUUCAGCUGAUUACCUAUUAGUCUAUUACUUACAUCAGCAUUCGUUCUUCUUCUAGGCAGACGUCGUCAAUCAGAGCUAAAGAAUCUUAGUUGAAAUUUUGACAUUUUUCUACUUAAGAAUUGUUUUCUUCUUACAUAAACACGUACUGACUACAGAGCCUGGUCUGACAGACCCAAAGCACAGAAGAACAUGAGUUUAAAAAAGAAAGCUGAGGAAGAUAUCAUACCUGAAGGUGAAGAACACGGUAACCCUCCUAAGUAUUUGGAACGAUUAAUUCACCAACCAACAUGGUCUUCUGACAUUGCACACUGGACGUUCUACGAACUCUUCAAUACCCUGGGAGAUCCAACAUGGACCAAACCGGAUUCAGUAUUGACAUUUGACUAUUUGAUGGACACCCUGGGUUUUUGUUUCUUAUACCAGGUGAAAGUUUAUGACCAAGACCCAGACCCAGCUCUAGAGGAUGAAAUCCCAAUCGAUGAAUUAUGGACCAUCAAAUCAAAAGUCGACAAGCUUGAAGAAAUUUCACAGCUGAUUCUUGUUCUUCUUAAACUGCUGGUGUCUAUUACAAAAUCGAAGACUCAGAGCAAAAAAUUGAAGAGUCAGCUAGCUUUCUACAUAAACACCUAUGAACUCAAGCGGGCAAAUCAAAAACCAAACAUCUUGCUAAAAGUAUGCACGUCGCACCAAGGAGAUCCCGACGAAUUCAAGUUGAUCAAGUUGUUGCUGAAAGCGGGAGCGGAUCCCAACGCUGUAGAUAAAAAACGGUGCAGCCCUCUUCAUCUUCUGGCCAAGAAAGAACGUUAUUCAUUUAAAAUGUGGGGCAAUCCUUUUUAUUCUACUCGUGCUGAAAACUUCACUUCUAUCGUUCGAGUUAUCUUGGAUGGAAGAUUCCAUCAAGAUCAAGUCAAUCUCCGUGGUGAAACAGCAUUGGAGCGUCUUAAACCUCUCCUUCCGCUGUAUCCAAAUACCCAAUUGUGCCGACUGGUAGGCAGUUUCUUGCAGGGUGUUCGUCCGUUAUCUUGCAUCGCAGCGAAAGUAGUUAGAAGGCAUCAACUCCCAUGUGAAUGUUUACCUCUGAUGCUUCAGUCUAUGGUUUUGCAGCACUAGUUCGUUUCGAUACUGUUAGUAUUGAAUUGUUUUCCUGUUCGCUACAUUAAUUGUUCCGAAAUUUUUCGUAUUGUUACUUGUCUUUUGUUUUCAUCAAAUAACAACCUUUGCUUGUGGAUAAAUAAAACGAGUUGAUAACUUA